CACCUCCUUCCUCCAAUCCAUGUCUUGCUUUGCAUUGAAUGACACACCCUCUCUACCGUCACUCAUGAGAUGGGGGGGUGCUGUGAGUUCCUGGUCCUCCUAGCCUCGAUUUGGCCGGACACGACACACUUUCGGAUUUACAGAACAAAAGCAACAACGGACCGAGGGGGGUAGGUACAGUAAGGAAACAAUUUCAAACAAUGAACAAAUCGAUUAUUCAAUUAUAAAGGCUUAUCAUAUCAAGUAUCAGUUUGGGUCUCAACUUGAGACAUCAACAAAGUUCUAGAAUUGUUUCAAAUGUUAUCCGAAACGAGAACCCGUUUGAGGAUCGACGGAUAAAUAAAGCGACAGGGUCAGACAAACGGUAUUGUUCCCCCGUGUUGUUCUCUCCAACUUCAGCCAUUAACAAAAAAGAAGAUUGGGAUAUUUUGUUUUCACUUUAUCCAACCCCAGAGAAGAAGGGGUGAAAUACAUGAUUCCGGUGAUUCUGCUGUGCCUCACUGCCUCUGUCAGCAGGGGUCAAACUUGAUUCUGAGGACAGACGACUUGAAGUGAAACAAGGACGACGGAACAAAGCCAGUGCUGGAAACUGACUGGAGUGACGGGCGGUGACAUCACUGAUGGCAACACACGUUGACUGUAACACAAGAAUAGGACUGGAGGUAAACAUGAAGGAGUCAUCCCUGUGUGAUGUCACAAGGACAGAGCGCGAAGGAAAGCAUGCCUCCCCGCAUUCCUCCAAGACUUCACACCACCAGAUCACCAAUGGAAAGAGCAAGCUAUCCUCUGACCCCAGUGCAACAGACAGUGAUGUAAGCGAGGGCAGAGAUGGGGGUGUUAGUUUCAGCACCAACCAUAACUCUGUGGUGUGCCUGCCUUUGGUCUCUGAGGGACUGAAGCUAGUAUGGACACAGUCAGAUCAGACACGUGAGCUUGACACCAUCUCAGAGCUGGUCCAGGCAUUCAAUGUGUUCCCAUACCCAACAUCUCGUGAGGUGAAUGCCUUGGCACGGCUCUGUGCCCUGCCUCUGGACAAAGUCAAGGUCUGGUUCAUGGUGCAGAGAAUCAAAUACGGCAUCAGCUGGGCCUCAGAGGAGAUUGAGGAGACGCGUCGCAAGCUGGCCGGACCUGAGCGGAUUAACGACAAUGCAAAUGAGAAGGAGAUAAAAAUGAGGAAUACGAGGAAUGGGUGUGGGGCAAUAUCUGUGGAGGCAGAGGAUGAUGAUCCAAUGAAUAAUGGUCUUCACUCCUCCCUGCUUCACCCAAGAAAACGAGCCAGACGUGAGAGCCCAGAACCCUGCAAACCAGCCGCCACCGUCCAACAUUUCAGUUCCUCUCUCCCACCCCCUCAGGAUUCAUACUACUACCGCCCUCCUGUGGACAUGCCAGCAACUACCGCAACUGAUGCUUCCUUGAGCCUCUCUGAGACCUCACUUGGCUCUCCACAGCAACGCGGACGCUACAAAAAGACCAAAGCCCAACUUGCAGUCCUUCGCAGCAGCUUCCUGCGGGAAAACUGGCCCGCAGAGACGGAGCUCCGACGCCUGCAGGAGGAAACCGGCCUGAGCCGCAAUGACAUCCGCAAGUGGUUCAGCGACAGCCGGUACCAGCUUAGAAAUGGGCGUGGACUCCUUGGAACAUCCAUGGUCUAUCCUCAGUUGACCACAGGAGACUCAAAGAACGAGUCUCAGCAACUUCGACCUCUUCCACUCGUAGCUCACAGGCCUCGGGAUCAAGAAAAUGGUGUUGAAGUGCAGGGAGGGGCUCAAGGGAAGGGAGCUCGCAGCAACGGGGUGAAAGAUUCACACUUCUUCCAGAACUUCCUGUCAAACAGCCUGGAGGCCUUUGGGGAGGGAGCAGUGGGAGUGGAGGCGGAGGAGGACGAGGUUGCGGAGGAAGCCUCUGUUCACACUGAGACUGUUAAGGAAGAGAACGAGGCGGUGGUGAAACAUGAAGAAAAGCCCCUACACUUGAUUAGGGGCAGUAAGGACCCAGAGAUUAAACAACCACCAUCAGCCGUUACCAUCUCUGCUUCCUCCUCCCCCUCGCAUUCUACCACCCCUCCACCUUCGACUGCUAAUAAGCGUAGUUCUACUAGCACCAGCACGGUGCAGAGGUCUGCUCGCUCAGCCAAAGCCUCACUGACAGCCCUGUCUCUCUCCAGUCCUCCCUCAUCCUCGUCUCCUCUUCUUACACCCGCUGGCCGACCACGGAAGACCAAGGAACAACUGGACAUACUAAAGGAGCACUUCUUGCGGUGCCAGUGGCCUAAGAGUGAGGACUACACCCAGCUGGUAGAGCUCACAGGCUUGCCACGUGCAGACGUCAGCCAGUGGUUUGGGGAUACGCGCUAUGCUGUUAAAAAUGGUCAGCUACGCUGGGUGCAGGGGGUACGUGAGCAAUUCCGUGAGCAAUUCCUGGCUGAACUAGCCACACAGCAAAAUGGCAGUGGUGGAAACGGUUCCAGUGGGACCACUCGGGUUACGGGUAGCCGCAAACGAAAGUCUCAAGUGAAUGGCGCAACAGCACCAACGUCCACUGCAGAUUCCCCGGACAUCAAUCCGCUGGAGGUUUACCAUCGCUUGACAGGGGUUCUUCAUGAGAAAGACCUUGAUGCCCUUUGCAAAAAGUCACGAAUGAGCUACCAGAAGGUGCGGGACUGGUUUGCAUCUCAGGAGAGCAAGGUAAUUGACCCAGAGCCCAAUGUUACUGAUUGAGAUGAGGAACUUGUGGGCUGGUAAGGGUUGUACAUUAGCAGUAUGUCUUUCUCUUUUACAGAGGACAAGGCUGAUCAUGUCUUACCCAGAAUUUCUCAUCAAUUUGACAAACUUUUCAUAUUGAAUUACUUUGCUUUAAUGUGAGCAGGUGUGACUCUUAAAUGCUUAGUCUUCCUAGUAUCAGCACAGAUUUUGCGACUGUGCUGAAUUAUUGCUGCAUUCUGUCUUUUAAAAAAAAUAUGUUUGGACUUUAAAUCCUGAUGGUGCUGCCUACUGUAGACAGGGCAGUACCUAUUACACUGGUUCAAU